AUGUCAACACUCGAGCAGUUGGCAAAUCCUUCCCUCGUUGCAUCUACUCUGGGCAUCGUAGCAUUAGGUGUUGCCUUGAAUCACUGGUCGAAACGUACAGGGUUACGUCCAAAUGAACCAGUGUUGCUCCCUGGUGGUCUACCAUUGGUUGGGCAUGCAUUUGAGUAUACAAGAGAUCCAAGCGCGCUAUACGCGCGCGUUAGGGAUUUCGCGCGGGAUCUUCAACCCAUCUCAGUUACCAUGAUGGGACAGCGAAUUUAUGUCAUAAUGAAACCACAAGAUAUCUCGACCGUAUGGAAGACUAAGGAACUCAGCUUUGACGCCAUCGUCGAAUGGGGAUUGAAUACCAUCUUCACCAUGUCUCCGGACGCGGUCCAAAGACUGCACCUUGACGCUGAAGAUGGGACGGGUUCAAUGUAUGUCAAUUCGCAUACUUUUUUCCGAGACCAUCUUGCGCCUGGGAGGCCCCUGGAACUCAUCACAAGUGGCUUUGUGGAGUACAUGAUGAAGGAUAUUGAAGCCUUCAAGCAGAAGCUUCGUGAAGUUCCAGGGGGAAAGCUUCAAGUUGACCUCAUGCACUGGAUCAGACAGCGUGUCGGUAUUCCCUCGACCAACGCUAUGGCAGGGGAAGGGCUACUACAAUACGACGAGGGCAUCUUAGACGCCGUGGCACAGUUUGAUAAGGACAUGUUCCGUCUAUCCAGUGGAUUGCCAAAGUGGAUCAAUAAGGGCGCACACGACAACGUGCGACGUCUCUCUGAUGCGUUUGCGCACGGGCUAGAAGGAGAGAAGAGCAUAUACUGGGUCGAAAAGCGUAUGAAAAUGAUGGCGGAUCGAGGUAUUUCACCCCGAGACCAAACCACCGCUAUGAUGUCCCUCUGGCAAGCGCUACAGGCAAAUGCUAUCCCGAUGACAUUCUGGAUGAUGUAUCAGCUUCUCCGCAAUCCUGAUACUCUCCAAGAGUUGAUGCAGGAGGCCAAACCGUCCUUAGAUUCAAAUGGCAAUCUGGUAGACAUCGAAUAUCUUUCCACCAAGACACCAAAGCUCAAUGCUUUCUACUGGGAGGUUCUUCGAUAUGCCUCUGGAAAUACAUCAGUCCGCCAGGUGCUCGAGACAGUCUCGAUUGGCGGUCGAACGCUCUACAAGGGUGCAAUGGUCAUGCUACCUUCUCGCCCGUAUCAUAUGGACCCCGAGAUAUUUGGAGAUGAUUGCGACAAGUUCGUCCCGGACCGCUUCCUGCGCGACGGCAAGGAGCCGGGCAAACUCAACCCCGGUAUUCGCUCCGUCCGUGCAUUCGGAGGCGGAAAUACCCUCUGUCCUGGGCGUCAUUUUGCGACGAAUGAAAUCUUCUCCGCUGUUGUCACCAUCUUUAAUACCUUUGACAUUUCCCUCGUAGACCCAUCCCAAAGCGUAUGCCCUCGAACAGAUGGUUCUACAGUGUCUACUUUGCCCCCAAACAAGGUUGUGUUGGCCGACAUCAAACUCAAGGAGGGAAAGUAG